AUGGCUACGAGCACCGAUGCUGCCCCUAUAGAAGUGGCAGAGUGUAUACAGGUCGAUGGAGCGGAACACAAGAUAGUCAAUAUUGGAACUGGCGGAGAUGUCAUCCUCGAAGUUCUCUUUGAAAAUACGAAAGCUUGCACAAAGUCGAUACCGAACGAGACGAUUCAAAAGCUACGCAACUCAAAAUCGUCGUUCCCUUCAGCACGAGUAUUCUACCGUGUCCGCCUUGAUACUUUGAAGAAACACUCAAAAUAUUUCGAACGCCUUCUUGGCUCAGAUACAUUUGGAGAAGGUAGGGCUAUAUCCGCCAGGUUUGCAGAGUUGUCCCUUUCGAGCAAAGACCCCUCAGAGCUACCAGCAGGAGAACUCCCUCGAAUUCAAAUAACAGAUGAAGACGAUGCAACGAGAACUAUCGGGAGGGAGACAGUUUUCAAGGAUAUGCUCAAGAUCAUUCAUGGCACAGCACAUUCUAGCAAGUCUAUAACUCUUCUCUACAUUUCAAUUUUGGUAGUUAUGGCAGAUAGGUAUGAUUGCAUGACUUUGAUCGCGCGAUACGUCGCAGGGAAAUUCUCGAGCUUCAAAUAUCCGCCAACUCUCGACAAAACCACGGAAGAAGUUGUGCGACAGAAGAUACUGAUAUUCUACCAUACGAAUCAAGCAUUGCGCUUGUCCGCAGCGACGAAGGAGCUCAUUCUUCGCGGCUCAUCUCGUUGGUCAAUCUAUGAAGAAACAGAUUCUGACUUUCUAGCGGCUUGGUGGGAUCUGCCAGAAGGUCUAGAAGAUGAGCUUUCAUAUCGUCGAUCACGGAUAAUUUUGACGAUAUCUUCUCUCCAAACACAUUUUCUUUCCCUGUAUACAUCUCGAACACGACAAUGUAAAUUAGGCUAUGAUUCGUCAGCCGCCUGCGAUUCCUUCCAGCUCGGUGAAAUGGUGAAGUUCAUGACGAGAAGAAACCUUCUCUCGCUCAUGCCAUAUCAAGCAGUCUCUCCUGACGACCCUGAAUUUAUUUGGCCCGAAGCAUACACUGGUGAUAUCGAGCUGCUUGUUGCAUUAUUGCGAGAAUGCCCAAGUUAUCAAAUUGACAAGAAUCAUGGGCAUUGUGGUUUACGUAAUAAAAUACUUCCUGCUCUGAGCUACAUCAAAGAUUGUAUUGAUGGUGGCAUUGGCAUUAAGUCCCAAUUCUGGAAAACAGAAAGAUCAAAUCAAACCUGGAUCCCUAGCCCGUCGACAAAUAAUAGCAACAAGAAAGCAUUUGUUGUAGGAGGCAAAGCAGUAGGAGACGACAUGGCAGAAAAGUUUUUCGAUUUUAAAAGCUUGAAUAGAGCGGACCUUACGUCUGGCGGAAGAUCACUUGGUGUAGACAAAGCAGCGAGAAGAUUGUUUCUAGCUGACAAGUGGGAUUGGAUAAGGGAAGUAGAAACGGAACAAGAGAAAGAGAGGAUGUCAAAGUCUUCGUUUUUUAGAUUCUGA